AGUUCCCUUUUGUUUUGGCUCAGCUCCUAGCAGUGCUGUGCGAUAUUCAGGCACCAAAUGACACUUUCCGUUGUCUUCAUGUCAGGUUUAUUACUUUCUAACAAACACCAGGAGCGGAUUUACAACGCUGUCAAUCUUAUUAAAGUGUCCGUUUUAUUAGCUAAUUGUUUAGCUAACUAGGAUUAGCAUCAUGGGGAUAUAUUGAGAUGCAUACUCGGAUAUCUAAAACCCUCGCGGAUUGAGUGUUUAUUUCCCUGGUUUUCCGUGACUCUGCUGUCUAAACGGGCCUGAUCUUUCCAAUGGGCGAGGAGAAGCCGGAGACGCUGGAUUUCGUGAAGGACUUUCAGGAGUAUCUGAGCCAACAAACCCAACAUGUGAACAUGAUCUCAGGCUCUGUCAGUGGUGUGAAGGACACGGAGGACGUCCCAGCAGAUCUAGAGCAUAAUGGUCUGGACCAUGCACCGGUGGACAUUUCUCUCGAGGACGGGUCCAACAUGCUCGUGGACGGGUUUGAGAGGACGUACGACGGGAAGCUAAAGUGUCGUUAUUGUAACUAUGCCAGUAGAGGAACGGCGCGGCUCAUAGAGCACAUCCGCAUCCACACAGGUGAAAAGCCUCAUCGUUGUCAUCUUUGUCCCUUUGCCUCAGCGUAUGAGCGUCACCUGGAGUCCCACAUGCGCUCUCACACCGGUGAGAAACCAUACAAAUGCGAGCUGUGCGCAUUCCGUUGCAGUGACCGCAGCAACCUCUCGCACCACCGCCGCCGGCGACACAAAAUCCUCCCCACUAAGGGCAACCGCUCAGCCCCUCCUUCCCACCGCCGGACAAUCUCAGCACUGUCCAAACGGGGCGGAGCUUUUGGGUAUGGUCGCCGUAUCCUAGUCGACCUAGGCCUACACAGGAAAAACGACGCAGACAACACCGGCGGUGCUAACGACGAGAGAAACGACCUGCACAGUCCCUAUGUCAGCUUGGCCUCAAAAGACGUUGAGAAAAACGAUUUGGAACACAACCCACUCAAUCAACUCUCUGCUUUGGCCGGGCAGCUUUCCAAUCUCCCUUCAGAGACGCCGGCUUCUCCCGGUGCAGACUCACUCCCCGAAGAAAAGCCCUCUUUUCUUAUACAGCCUUCAUCAGCCAUGUCCAGCAAUGUCUCUUGUCCCAUUGUGACGCUUACAUCAACGCCGGACAUUCGGGACACAUCCCAUGGGGGGCAGUGCAGCGACCGUACAAGCACGCCCAGUAACAGCGGCACCAACAGCCAGCCAGGAACGCCAAACCCGAGUCACGAGCCCCAGCUUCUCCAGCACUGCCCCCACUGCCACAUCUACUUUCCGGAUAACGUCCUAUACACCAUUCACAUGGGUUGCCAUGGCUACGAAAACCCCUUCCAGUGUAACAUUUGCGGCCACAGGUGCAGAAACAGGUACGACUUUGCCUGCCACUUCGCCCGAGGACAACACAAACAGUAACCCUCUGAAACUCGGAAAGGAGACAGUGUUACAGUGUAGGAUAUUGUAGUUAUGUACAGCUCUGAAGAAGACGAUCAUUCCAUUUGAGACAGCACAAGGCCAAUCAGAAUGUUAAGAACAGGAAGUGUAUGAUUGUGGUCUCAUCAUUACUUACCGAUGCACCCGGUGUCACUUUAUACUUCCUAUUUUUGGACUGAACUUCUGACUACAGAACUAAUGUUUUGUAAAAUAAAUAAAUAAACAAACAACAAAAAAUCCUUAACAUUUCACUAGAGGGCAGCACAUGCAUGGGGAAAAUCAGGAUGAGACCCGAUACGGCUCCACUUCCUGUUUGUCCCCUAUUCAAGAUGCCAAGAUGUAGGAUGUCCAAAAGGAAUAGAUUAGAAUUAAACAAAGUAUAUGCUAAGUAAUUUAUAACACAUUAUUUCUUUUUACUUUUCCUGUUUAUAACAAAGGUAAAGAUAUGAAUCCUUUAUGUACUUUAUGUAGAUUUUCAUGGAUUUUUAUUAUUUUUUUUAAUCAGGCAGCUACUGAACACCCAUGCUUCUCUGAUCUUGCUCAUGAAGCGAACUCUGAGUACUGAGUAUUGCAUAAGGCUUGCUAUCAUGAUAGUCGGUCAGGAUGCAUGAUGAUGUCAUGGAGCGUUUAAGGGUCGCAGACAUGAUGGUAAUGAACAUUAGAUGAUAUGGUAUACUGUUGAGGUAACUAUUAUGGUAUUAAAGUCUUUCUGCACAUGGCUAGUAUUUAUGGCCUGUAUCUAGUGUUUAGUUGUAAAACUCGGAACAGUUUUAAAAGCGACGGUUCGAUGUACACAAAAUGUCCACAUUGUCUGAUUUUAGCAAAAGAUUCUGUCAGUCGUUUGGUAUGAAGUCAUAGCUUAGUGGUUAAGGCACUGUGUUAUUGAUUACAGGCUGUGUCCAGGUGGUCACUUAAGCCAUCGAGUUUGUUCUCUGGUCAGAGAGGCAGAAAUUAAAGAGCAUUUUCCUAACGAUGGUUCUGUAGAACAGGUAUGGGCAGUGGUCAUUUAGUGGGUUAUGGUUCUGAGUUACUGAUCAGGAGGUUCGUAGUUUAAGCCCCAGUUCUACCAUAUUGUCGCUGAUGGGCCUAUCUGCUCCAGGGGCCUACCCUGCACACUGAUUCCUGCUUUCUAUGCUGGGUUGUGCAAAGAAUAAAGGAUUUCACUGUGUGGUUAUGUAUCUGUGACAAAUAAAGGCUUAACUUAAGGUCAGAGGUUGAGAAAAGACAAAUACAAGUCAUAAUCUCCUUGCAUUUCAAUACACUUUGUCCAUACUGUUCCCGUACUAGAGCUUGAGAAUCACAGAAAACUGUAAGCAUUGAAUUUUUUGACUGAUGGUUGACAACUUUUUCUCUGUCUCAAUUGCGGAUGUUUCCAUUUCAUAUUUUGCCAUUUACUCUCAGGCUCGUAGUGAUGAAUCCAUGUCUCAUCACCAGCAAUGAUACUCUUUAAGACUCCUUCCUUAUAGUAUCGACCCAAAAUCAAUUUUGCUUGCAGAUAUCCAGACGCUUCUGUUUAUACUCUUUCGUGAGUUGUUUUGACACCAGGUACACUCUUAGACCACAAAAAAAAAAAAACGCUGCACGCUGCUCUUCUUUUGUGUAAAUCACAAGUGGGGCAUCCAUUUUUGCUCUCACGGCAGUUACAAAUGAACUGAUGUAAUUGACACAUGCACAACAGUGACUGGGGAGACAGUACCCUUGAACGGAAAGCGCUGAUGCAAUAAAACAACAGCCAAAGUUUUAAUAUACAGUGGAACCUUUGAUUAUGACCAUAAUUCGUUCCUGAAUCGGGAUCGUAUUCCAAAACACUCGUAGACCAUAGUUUCCCAUAAGAAAUAAUGGAAAUUAUUUAAAAUUAUUUGUUCCACAGCCCAAAAAAUAAAUACAUAAAAAUGUUAAUUAAAAAUAAAACAAACUAACCUGCACUUUACCUUAAAAAAAAAAAAAAAAAAAAAUCCCAACAGAUAAGUGCGCACAGGCACUGUGUAUGCAAGGCUAAAGUAAGGAGCCACUCCUCCUCUCCCCCUUCUCAUCUUACACAGUUACUCCUUCUCCACUCUUUUCACAUGCACGUGCACAGACAACGGAAACACCGUUUUCUCUAAAAAAAUUAUCAAGAAAUUUCUCUAAUGACACUCGAUUGAGCGACACACUAACGGAAUCAUUGCUGUAAAGUAAAAAUAAAACAAAUUAAACUGCACUUUACCUUUGAAAAGAAUCGCCACAGAGCAGUGUUUCUGUGUAGAGCAGAGAGAACGAGUACACACAUGGUCACAGUGUAUAGUAAACAGUACACGCAUGCACGGAUGUUGAUUAUACCAGUAAGAGAUUCGCCCUAAGACACAGCAGGGGAGAUGAUUUUCCACAAUUCCGCAGCACAAGAGAGAGAAAAACCGCUGGCUCAGUUGUGAUCACGCGACGCUCGGCGUCAAAAGAAGAAGCGCAUGCGUGAUCCAUGAUACUCAGUACUUGUAAACCAAGACCUGUUCGUUUUCCAAGUCAAAAUUUAUUAAAAAUAUUUGCGGUACUUGCAAUCCGAGGUUCCACUGUAACUGGAAUGCGGAUAAUUUUAGUAGAUCAGAUAAUCCUUCAUACCUAGGUGUGGCAAGGUUUUUGAAGGCCUGAUGGUCCAAGAACAAUAGUUGGAGAAGUCUGAGAGCCUUAAAGAUGUGAGAGAUAAAAGCUGCUACUGUGUAGCUAUUACUUAUUAUUAGCAGUUGUUGGAUGAUGUCUAGUUUGGAAGCAAACUUGUCAUCAAACAUGGCUCAGCUGAUCGACUAAAUCUUGAAGGGACGCUGUGGACAUUUCAAUUUUGGUCAAAUUGUUGGAUUUAAAUUUUAUAUUUGCUAAAGGGUUUAACCUUGGCUUUAGUAAGUUUAGGUAAAUGGUGCCUCAAAUCAUUUCAUUUACACAUAUUUUUAUUUUGCACAUUUUAUAGGUGAAGUGUGGCCUUCCUGCUCAUUUUAUAGCAUUAGAAGCAAUUAUGACAAGUCUUAAAAACCCUAGUAAACAAUGCAUAGGGGUUUUUAUAUCUUAAUUAUUAUUAUAAGUUUUUGUUGGUUUUUAACGAACUGCAUAAUUUGGGGGCACUCAGCAUUCACAACAUUAUAGUACUGGUGAUUCUGCGACAAUUCCCAUCACGGCUAACCAUUUAUUGAAGAAUUAAAAUAGCAUCCAAGCUGUGAUUUGGUUUACUACAUCCGUGUCUCAUUCAGUUUUUGUUAUUAUGAUUUGGAUGUUGGUUGUUUUUGCUAAACAAAUCCGUUGUGUUCAGUGUUGUUCGAUAACUGGGUGCUAAAUCUGUAGUAAUGAUUGCUAUGGUAAUGGUUUCCUCAUGCUGGCUGGUUUUACACACAAAGCUGCGGUGUAAUUUGCUGCAAGUCAAAAUUAUUAUGGUUGUUGCUCAUCUGUGUAGUGACCUCAGAAACUCCGCCCACAAGAUGAAGAAGAAGCUAGGGUCAACUAGUUAAUCAGAAUAAAGAGUUUUUAAUAGCACAACCUGAGGGUUAUCCCUUAUCGCUGAAGGACGGUUGAAGUGUUCCUUAACUUUGCUAGCAAUAAGAGCAUUCUUCUGUGAUGUUAAAGCGGCACACAUUUCCUUUGCCUAGAAAUGAAGGAAGAACCACAGACUUUCUGAACAUGUCAGAAAUAGGUCUUUCAGAGUGUAAAUUUUCUUUUGAAUUAAGACACACUCCCACCUCUGCUACUUUCAGGUGUCUGAUUUAUGUACACUGAAAAAUGAAUCAGACAAAUUAAGCACUAGCAGGAGGCGGAGCUAUGGUGUUAAUGGACCGGGAAAAUUACAUAGAAAAGCCCUCACCAUAUUAACCGUAUAAGGCCUGCAGCAGUGACAUCUUUAACACUCUAAUAUAAUACUAUAUUUUAAUACUUUGCCUACUAAGUGUGUUUUUUUUUGUACAUCGUGUAGCUAGCAGAUAUUCCCGCCUGCCGCUACCUACAAAACCAUAGCAAUCAGCAGAUAUAGGACAUGCCCCUUAGUGAUGAGCAUAGCCUGUAUUUGAAAGAAUGGAAAGUGUGAAACUGUAGCAUCAUGAAGAAACCAAAAGAACAGCUGAGCCAUGCAUUGACAUAAAAUGCUAGCUAAGAGUGGAAUUAGCCGUUAGCAUUAGCGCUGUUUAUUGCUAAUGCGUGCACAGUCAAGAAAUGUACUUUCUGUUUCUCUUGCUCUCUUUCUCCCUUGUGUUUUUCCUUCUCUGCCUUUCAUGUUAGUUUUUUUUGUUUUGUUUUUUUCUCUGAAUAUAAAGUUUUACUCUCUAUUUUUUUCUCUGAAUAUAAUUUUUUUUUUCUCUGGCUCUGUCAUGAUUUUUAAAUUGUGGCUGACCAUUAAGUCUAAGAAACAUAAGUAAAACAAUUAACAUUAUUGCAGAUUAAUGAAUCAGAGUUUCUACUACCACUAUUAAGUUGAUUAUUUUCAUAUACCCGCCCUACAAGGCUUUUGUUGCUCUUAUAGCACAGCUAUGUACCCUUAUGGAAUGUAUAAGUUUAACAAUAACAAUAAUGGAGUAAAUCUACAGAAGUUCCCUUAACUGAAAUAAUUAUUAAUAAUUAGUGAGUCAUGUUAUGGUUCUGACAGGCCUGUCUUUUCUUUCUCUUUUCCUAAAUCUCUCACUCUCUCUUUCUGUCUCUUUCUGAUGUGCCAUGUUUUAAAUGUUACCUGUAAUAUUUGUGGUGCUCUAAAAAACACGCCAUGCUUCAUUUCAUUUCACUCGAAAGAAACCUCUCGUCUGAACGGUGAUGUAUUGAAACUGCUCUUCUGAUGAAAUUGGUGUUAAAUGUUAAUAAAUUAAAAUGGUGUCCCGUG